AUGGACUUGGAGCACGAAGAGGAAGAAGUGAUGUUCGGAGAAGCGAGCACCUCCGAACGAACUAGCGAUGACAUGGAAACACCAGCGGCUAACAAUUUGAAUCCACAUGAUGAUGGGCAAGCUGAACCAUCCAAUUUUGUCAGCGGAGAAAACGUCGAGGCCAUUAGAGAACGGGAGCAGAUUCCACAAGGAUUAGUUGAAAGAGAAGAAGAGGAAUGCCAAAAAAUUGAUUCAGAUGCCACAGAACUGAUUCAGAGCUAUGUUGGGAUGCUAGAAGAAACUUCUGGAGGAAGCGAAAAUGGUUCUGGAGAGGUCAACCAAGAUCAAGGAGUUCGGGAUGCUCCAGAAGCAGCUUUCAGUCUUGCACGCACUCUUAAUUCGGAAGCUACAAAAGUAUCUAGAAACAGCGAAGCGAAUCAGAAUGAAGUGACAGGAGGUGUUCCAGAAGAAGCUCUUGACCGUGGAAAUGUUGAUGAGAAUCACCAAAGUUCAUUCGGAUCGGAACAUGUUCAUCUGGAGGUCGACGUUGAUGGACAUGACGACGAGGAGGAAGAAGAUAUAUCGCAAGAAGCAGUCAUCUCUCCACCGGCUCCUCAGCAACCGCAACCAUCAACUCAUGAAGAUCAAUGCCUUCCAUCAACAUCGUCAUCAACGUCGUCCACCCACCAGCAAAUCCCCUCCGGACAACCUACCGCUGCUCCUCAACAACCCUUACACGUACCGGACACCCCCACAGAAAUCAUCAGGGCUCUUCCGCAAUACACUAACAACGUGGGACAAUUGAUACUGCAAGAAAUGACCGCGAGGCUGCUCGAGGAUACACCACUGGCGGACACUGAGGAGUUGGAAAAUCUUUGGUCUAUUGCAGACUCGAGAAAGCAAGGGUAUCCUGCACCUCAUUACUUCUUAGAACGCGAGCCCUACGACCAACUUCCCAUGUCAAAGGAUGAUCUGGAGCGUGCGGAGGAGUUUUAUGAAGUGGUCCUGUCGGCAGUACAUCCGAAACUGAUUCGAAGACAAUCUUCUGUUCUGACGUCUUCCACCUCAGCUACCAAUGGCGUGCAAGAAGAGGUGGAACAGGAAGAAGGCGAGCAUCUGCCAGAGCACGAGAUGGUUGCUGAAGACAUUAAUGAUCAUGAUGACGAGGAUCAAGCAGGCCCCUCCGAACAAGCUCGCGAUAGCUUGGAAGCUCUAAAUACUCACAAUGGAUAUGAUGAUCAACAAGAGGUGGAAAUCGACGUUAAAGAAGGAGAGCAAUCUGCAGAGGAUCCAGAAAGUUCUGGAGGAAGCGAAGAUGGUUCUGGUGAUGUCAACCAAGAUCAAGGAAUUAAAUCAAUUUUUAUCAAAAUGUACCCUUCAAAUUGUUUGUUUUGUGUAUUCUUUUGA